GGCGGUAAGGACUGGAAUCACCCACUGGUAUACAUACCUUCCUCCCUCCCUCCCUACAGUAGUCCCAAUUCCUUCCUCCCUCUCCUUCUCCGCACGUCUCGCCCCUUCAGAUCUCGGCCCCUCGCCGCCGAUCCGAUGCCCUCACCGCCGGCCGCGCAGCGGACCAUCCUGGUCACGGGCGGCGCCGGCUACAUCGGCAGCCACACCGUGCUGCAGCUUCUCAAGGGCGGGUACCACGCCGUCGUGGCGGACAACCUCGACAACUCCUCGGAAGUCGCCCUUGAUCGGGUCAGGGAGCUCGCCGGGGAGUUCGGCAAGAAUCUCUCCUUCCAUCAGAUUGAUCUUCGAGACAGAGAAGCAUUGGAAAAGGUGUUUUCUUCAACUAAUUUCGAUGCUGUUAUACACUUUGCUGGAAUAAAGGCUGUUGGCGAAAGUGUCAGAAAACCUUUACUUUACUACAACAACAACCUUAUUGGCACAAUAAUUCUCUUUGAAGUAAUGGCUGCUUAUGGAUGCAAAAAGCUAGUAUUCUCGUCUUCAGCCACAGUUUAUGGGUCACCAAAAGAAGUGCCAUGCACAGAAGAGUAUCCCUUAUGCGCAAUAAACCCAUAUGGACGAACUAAGCUUAUGACUGAAGAUAUGUGUCGGGAUAUGUGUAAAGGUGAUAGUGAGUGGGAUAUAAUUCUGUUAAGGUAUUUCAAUCCUGUUGGUGCUCAUCCCAGUGGAUACAUUGGUGAAGAUCCUCGUGGCACUCCCAAUAACCUCAUGCCCUAUGUACAGCAAGUUGCUGUUGGAAGGAGACCUGCUCUUACAGUAUUUGGAAAUGACUAUCCAACCAAAGAUGGAACGCCGGUUCGGGAUUAUAUCCAUGUCCUCGAUUUAGCAGAUGGACAUAUUGCAGCCUUGCAGAAACUCUUUGAGGGCCCUCACCUAGGAUGUGAAGUAUAUAAUCUAGCAACUGGUAGGGGGACAUCCGUCUUAGAAAUAGUUGCAGCAUUUGAGAAGGCUUCUGGAAAGAAAAUUCCGUUAGUCAUGGCUGGGAGGCGACCUGGUGAUGCUGAAAUUGUUUAUGCAUCCACUGCCAAAGCAGAGAAGGAGCUGCACUGGAAAGCGAAAUAUGGCAUAGAAGAGAUGUGCCGAGAUCAAUGGAACUGGGCUAGCAAGAACCCUUGGGGAUACAGAUCACCCUCUGAGACUGCUAAUGGGAAUGGAAAGUGCCAUACUUCACAUUCGAAUGACAUCAGACCUCCAGCGGAUCGAACAAAAUAACUCACUGAUGACCCCAUACAUUGGCAUAUGUCCAGCUGCUAUCAUUCUUCAAUUAGAUUAUUUUGUGAAUAGGCAUGCAUCCCAGAUACGAAGAGUCACUCCUCGUGUGCUUGUUUUUGCACUCUUCAAGGUUCAUUCUUUUUUGCCCUCGCGAUGAAUACAUAAGAGAUUCAAUUUGGUUCGUAAACACUAUGUCUAUAUGGCAGUUGAUUCUUUGCCCAUCGACGACCAGAAGUAGCUUCCUUAGCAGAGACAUUUGAGGUGAAUUUCAAAGUAAAGGAAGACGAUCGAAUUCACCUAAUGUUUUUUACAUCUGUUCAUCUCAUGUACAUGCUGCUGUUGUGCUGGAUGAGUGUCAUUGAAUCCUUGUUUAUUAGCUAAUUACUGACUAGUCAAGAAACACGUUUAAGAUGAUUGUUGUUGUAGUAACAAAUCUUGAGUUGUUUCUUUAUUUCUUUCA